AUGACAAGAACUUCAGUUUUAGCCGACGCUUUAAAUGCUAUCAAUAACGCUGAGAAAACAGGUAAACGUCAAGUCUUGAUUAGACCCUCGUCAAAAGUUAUCAUUAGAUUCCUAACUGUUAUGCAAAAGCAUGGUUAUAUUGGUGAAUUUGAAUAUAUCGAUGACCACAGAUCCGGUAAAAUUGUGGUUCAACUUAACGGAAGAUUAAACAAAUGCGGUGUUAUCUCUCCAAGAUUCAACGUCAAAAUCGGUGACAUAGAGAGGUGGACCGAUAAUUUAUUACCUGCAAGACAGUUUGGUUACGUAAUUUUAACCACCUCAGCAGGUAUCAUGGACCAUGAGGAAGCUAGAAGAAAACACGUUUCUGGUAAAAUUUUAGGAUUUGUUUAUUAG